AUUAUAAACCGUGGUGUCGACGAGAGUUGAUCGUCAUGUCUUGGUACAGCUUGCAUGGCAUGAGAAAGGACUCCGAACGCCAAAUUUCGGGUCUUAAUGCAGCACUCGCCACAAGAAAUCAAAACAAAACUAGGCGAAGCAGUCGACCCAGACGGAAAUGUUUUAAAUAUGGCGACCCUGAUUGAGGUUGUUGGACUUCUUGAGCGCACCCCUCUAACGAAAGAAGCCUUAGAGCAAACAAGAAUAGGUCGAACUGUUAAUUUACUGAGAAAGAAAACUAAUAAUGAAGACAUAGCAAGAAGAGCCAAACGACUGGUUAAAAAAUGGCAAAAAUUGGUUCAAAAUCACAUGGAAGCAGCAAGGACUACCAACUCACCACUGAAUGGAAUGAGAUCAAACUCUCCUGUUGCUAAUGGCAUUAACAAGAGUGAGGAACAAGUUAACUCACCAGCAUGUGAAGUUGAACAGAUUGAUUCAAAGACUAAAGGGACAAAACGCAAAAGACCAAGCGUUGAUAGUCCUCCAUUACAAAGUAAGGUCAAAUCAAGGGAUAAGACUAAUCUUAUAGCAGUGAAAAAUGACCAAAUCACUGAUUUGAAUGAUGAGUUAUCAGACAAAUGUUCACAAGAUGUAGAGAAUAACCAUGGGGAAGCACAGAAUUAUUCCAAACCAUCGUCAUGUCUGGAACCUGAUUCUAAGAAACAUAUUAAAACUGAUAAUAAUGGUGAUUGCAGUAAUCAUUUCUCUCCUGUUGAGUGUAAUACAAAAAGCAAUGAUGAAAACAUUAGAAACAAAACAGAGAUGACACCCCUUGUAAUGAAUAAUGUGGAUCAUACCGAUGUUAGGUGGGAAGGAAAAGAUGUUGGUGUACAAACUGAUGAAAUCAAUGAGCGAGAUUAUCAAAAUCAUGCACUCGUUAAUUCAAGUUCAUUGUUGAAUGUUGAUACAGAGGCAAAUGGGAUUAAUGGUAGAUAUGGGGAAGAUGGCACAUGGCAUCCUUGGAGUGAAACAAUGUCUUAUAAUGAAGGCAAUUUAAUCAUUUUACCUUAUGUACUCCUAGAGUAAAUGCAUCUUGAAUUGUCAGUUCUGUUCACUGUGUCUAGACAUGUCUAAAUGCAACUUAUUUUCCUAUGGAAUUUUUAAAGUUGAACUGUGGUGCCAAGCUACAUGCUGCUUCAUUGUUCAGUUCCUGCAGUUGUAUGUCAAUGCUUACAUGGCGCAAUCCCUCUUUUCAAGACUACAUUAGAUUUUAAUCAUUAAUUGGAAUAAACUAAUGAAUGAGACCAAAAGAAAACGAUGAGAUUUUAGAGAGAAAUUUUGUGACGAAAAGGUUAAUUUGAAUUCAUUCACCAAUUUUCCCACCACAAAACCAUUUCUUGUUACAACAAGAAUGACUAACUCAACUAUAUGUGUACAGUUAAAACCAUUUACGACGGAUUAGAGUAACAAACGGUUGUUAUAAAAAAUACAUGAGAUACAAUAGAAUCUAUUGAACUAUUAA